UAUGACAAUUCUGCUCUCCAAGAGUGUGCAGCGCGACAUCAUCUUCCAGUCGUAUCGGCACAGUGCGCGCGCCUGGGGCUUGACACAUGCAAUGCUAACCCGACUGGGUAGGCAAACGUAAGUACCUAACGCGACUGUAUGGACCGCCGACUCGGAGGGACCUGGGGUGGGCGCGUUUGGGGCGCGUGAUGGCGGCCGGGGUCUUGGUAUCUUCCGUCUGAAUUGGGACCCUGAACUGAUCUAGAUGCUCGCAUGUUGACCACAGCAACCGACCAUGACUACAUUUAAAACCUUCAGCUUGGACGAGCCACGUCGAUCCAUCCCGCGACUCCUGUGGUCUCGCCUCCUGCACUCUGCCCUUCGUCAUGUCUAACGCGUACCAGCUAUGGUGGGCUCCGCCGCCGCCGCCAGCCACUGCCCUGGGACGGCACCGGCCCCUUGCACCCCUCGCCGGCGUGCACGUCUCUCCAAUCUGCCUUGGGACGAUGAGCCUCGGCACUGCCUGGGGCCCAGUCACUGGCACCAUAACUAAGGAGGAGACCUUCAAGCUGCUUGAUGGGUUCUAUGCAGCUGGCGGAAACUUCAUCGACACGUCGAACAACUACCACGACGAGGAGUCCGAGAUGUUCGUGGGUGAAUGGAUGGAGGCGAGGGGCAUCCGGGAACAGAUAGUGGUUGCAACGAAGUACACGAGCAAUUACAAGCGUGGCCAGAAGGUAGGGCAGAUGACCCAUUACGCCGGGAACAACAUGAAGUCCCUGCACAACUCCGUGGAAGCGUCCCUCAAGAAGCUUCGUACCGAUCACAUCGACAUUCUUUACGUGCACUUCUGGGACUGGACUUGCGGCAUUGAGGAGAUCAUGAACGGCCUGCACAACCUUGUCGCCGCUGGCAAAGUGCUGUACCUCGGCAUCUCUGACACCCCAGCAUGGAUCGUAGCGAAGGCGAACACGUACGCGCGGUGCAUGGGGAAAACGCCGUUUUGCAUAUACCAGGGUCUCUGGAACGUCAUGCAGCGGGAUUUCGAGCGUGACAUCAUACCCAUGGCCCGCGCCGAGGGGAUGGCCAUUGCCCCUUGGGGUGUCCUCGCGUCCGGCAAGGUACGAACGGACCAGGAGGAAGAGCAGCGUAGCCGGUCUGGCGAGGGGGGCCGUAAAGACAUGCACAGCGACGACUGGAAGCGUUCGCCGGCGCAGCGGAAGGUGUGCCAGGCGCUCGAGAAGGUCGCAGCAGAGGUCGGCGCGUCGAACAUCCGAGCCGUCGCUAUCGCAUACGUGAUGCAGAAAACGCCAUAUGUCUUCCCUAUCAUCGGUGGCCGCAAGAUCGAGCAGCUCAAGGAUAACGUCGAGGCGCUCGAGCUCGCUCUGAGCCCCGAGCAGAUCGCACACAUCGAGAGCGUUGCGCCGUUUGACCCCGGGUUUCCUGCUAUCAUGUGUGGCGAUGGCUCUGUCUACAUCCCGCUUCAGAGUUCAGCAGGCCACUUUGAGAGAUGGCCCGUCCAGCAAGCUCUCCGGCCGAGCGGCACCAAAACGGCGAACGGUAAUGGCCAUGCUUGACGAGCCUGUCAUGGUCCGAUGUGUGAUCGGCAUGUGGUGCUUGUGUGCAGCUUCCUCCGUAGUGUGGUCCCGCUAUCAAAAUUUGUAUUUUCGUCUCGAAGCUUACUGAUCUGCGCUUGUGAAGACGCUAUGCCGAGACUAGAUGUGCUGCGGCGAGGUCGGGGUCCGGUCAAUGACGAAUGCACGAGGCGUCACGACUUCGAAGUGCCGCCAAUUACACGGGAAUAGCCAUGGGAGUCUAGCAGUGAUCCAACACGAAGGUUGGUGAGAAACCGUGUAAUCACGAUCUCAGGAUUCGGAGACCGAGGUCAGCAGUCCCCUCGGAAGGUUGGCAGCCGGGGAUGG